GUUACGUCGUUGGGGGAGAGAGGCUAUGCUGAGAAGCUGAGUGGGAGUGGCGCGGAGCUGUGGCGGAUCCUGAAAACCUGAGUGGUGGCAAGCCGGGUCUGCAAGCUAAUAUUAAAAAAAAAAUGACCACACCAAACAAGACACCUCCUGGUGCUGACCCUAAGCAGUUGGAAAGGACUGGAACAGUACGGGAAAUUGGGUCGCAAGCUGUUUGGUCACUCUCAUCUUGCAAACCAGGGUUUGGAGUGGAUCAAUUACGAGAUGACAAUCUAGAAACUUACUGGCAAUCAGAUGGCUCCCAGCCUCAUUUAGUGAACAUCCAAUUCAGAAGAAAAACAACAGUGAAGACAUUAUGUAUUUAUGCGGACUACAAAUCUGAUGAAAGCUAUACUCCAAGCAAGAUCUCAGUCAGAGUGGGAAAUAAUUUUCACAAUCUUCAAGAAAUUCGGCAACUUGAAUUGGUGGAACCAAGUGGCUGGAUUCACGUUCCCUUAACCGAUAAUCACAAGAAGCCAACUCGCACAUUCAUGAUACAGAUUGCUGUUUUAGCCAAUCACCAAAAUGGAAGAGACACCCACAUGAGACAAAUUAAAAUAUACACACCAGUGGAAGAGAGCUCCAUUGGUAAAUUUCCUAGAUGUACAACUAUUGACUUCAUGAUGUAUCGCUCAAUAAGGUGACCUUGGAACAGAACAAAAGUCAUUAAACAUCUUUAUCUUGUCAGUAAAUAUUAAAUCUGAUAUCUUUAUUGAAAUAAACAUCAAUUAUUUUGCAAUUUUA